AUGAAUUGCACAAAGAAAAUUACGACCAAAUGUAAGAUUGAACUUAAGUCUACAACUAAUUUUCUCGACAAUUUAAUGAAUUAUAUACAAUUUUUACUUUUUUGCUGUCCAAGUUUACAAUCUAUUGAAUUUGAUUUUACUUUUGAUUCGAAGUUGAAAACCAAUUUUUGUAUCUCCUCAGGCUUUUACAAAUUAAUUUCUGGUGGCUCUGUUCCUUCACUUUCACCUGAAGAGUUUGUUACAAAUCUUGAAUUAUUUUUUACUUCAAUUAUUGAUUUUCUCAAAAAUCUAGAAAAGGGUGGUAAAGAUUUGAAAAUUAAAAUAGAAUUUUAUUCAACAUUUGAUACAAAUACUUUUGAUCUUAUUCCUAAAAAUAAUUUGGGAACACAUAUCGAAAAAGAUUUGCUUGUUGAUACAACGAAUGCCAAUUAUCUUGAUGAGUCUCCAGAACAUUAUGCACGUGAUAUAGAAAUUGUUGAUUCCAUUGGAAGACAACAUAAAUGUUUAUUUAAAAUAUUUUCUGUAAUACCAGCCUAUAUUGAAUGUACGUUUUCCUUUUUUUAA